AUGCCCGAGCCCGCCAAGGCCGCCCCGGCGCCCAAGAAGGGCUCCAAGAAGGCCGUGACCAAGGCGCAGAAGAAGGACGGCAAGAGGCGCAAGCGCGGCCGCAAGGAGAGCUACUCCGUCUACGUGUACAAGGUGCUCAAGCAGGUGCACCCCGACACGGGCAUCUCGUCCAAGGCCAUGGGCAUCAUGAACUCGUUCGUCAACGACAUCUUCGAGCGCAUCGCCGGCGAGGCGUCCCGCCUGGCGCACUACAACAAGCGCUCGACCAUCACGUCGCGGGAGAUCCAGACGGCCGUGCGCCUGCUGCUGCCCGGCGAGCUGGCCAAGCACGCCGUGUCCGAGGGCACCAAGGCCGUCACCAAGUACACCAGCUCCAAGUGAGGCCCUGCGGGGACGAGGCCCCAAAGGCUCUUUUCAGAGCCACCCCACCCGCG